CCAAGAGUGCUGCUGCUGGACAAAGAACCAAACAAAUGUGAAGACAGCAAAGAAACGUCAGCGACGUUGGUUUGUCAAGAAAAUCUUCGCUGUGUUCAUCUAGUUGCAGCAGUACGCUGUACGUCGUAAGCGUUGCAGGAUGUUGAGCGAAAUUCAAUAGUAGGAGACGUUGUAGUACCUCAAGAUUUUCAUCAGGUUUUGGUUUUCUCCUUUAUACAACGACAACGAGGGAAGCACUCAAGAAAGUCGAGGAUCGCAAGUGAUCGCGUCAGCGACGUAACAUGACGAGUGACUACCACAUUGCAUUCCUAGGAAAUGUAUUCAGGUAGAUGAUAGUGAUACAGCUCUCCCUCUCUGAAUGAUGAAGAAAAGUGUUCGGUCUUCGUCAUCGACGAUCAACAUCAUCAAGGUGGUUUCGAAAAAGUUAUCUAGACAUUUUCAGACUCUGGGGAUAUCCUCCAUAUCGUUUAUGCCUACGUUGCGCGCGUUUGAUGCCCUUGCCCGCGCGCGGUUAUAAAGAUGCCCGCGAUUGCGUGCAACAAGGGCCGUGCCCGCGGGAGAACAAUUGCAAUCGCACAUUGCGAUCGUUUGCGCAGUAUUUGUAGAAGAAGUGCCAGUCUGGACAGUCGCCCAGAAAUCGUGUGCCCAACCUGCCUCGCGACGCGCGUUGAAGCUGCGCCCUGGUCGCCACGUAGCUAGAAGACGACAGAAGAUAUGUGUCAACUUCAUCGUGAAUAUACGAGUACGCUUGCUUAUUCAUCUGUUUACGCACCUUGAAGUUCCCACGCACGAAUCAAUAUGAGGGAACUAAAGGUUACUUAUAGAUUUGUGUCUCCAGACAGCAGCGUCAAUGCCGCUUUUUUGUUUUCUUUGACGCAAAUAUGUCCAUACAUGUUGUUUGACCGGAGCCCGGUUUCUUUGAGUGUUUUUCUCCGUUUUCCUACCUUUACCUUCUAAGCCUUUUUUUUAAUCCUGAUUUGUUGUUGGCAUGGGCUAAGCACUAUAUUGCUUGACUUCUUAUAUUUCUUCAGAUGUUUGUUAUAGUUGUUGUGGCGUUGUGCAGCUUCGCAAGCAUUUGUAUCGACUUACCUCUAUGGCUUCUUUCUGAAAGAAGACGGGACCAACAUUUUCGAUGAUACAUGUGAAGCACUGAAAAAAACCGGAGCUCGUCUGCUUUGUAUUUUUUUUAUGUUCGAAGAAGGUCCAAUUCCUUUUUCUUACUACACUGAUUCGAUCCGUGGUAAUGUAUAGUUUUAGUUGGUCCCAUCUACACGACCAGUACCUGUACAACUACAUCUACAACGUCUAUGUCUAUCUUCAAUUUUCAUCUACCAGAGAAAUAUCUUACCUAGUUCUGAAAAUGGUGAAACAGUGCGACCGGUGUAAAGCCGAAUUUAAGGGUUUUGGGACAACAUGUCCGGAAUGUCGGAGGAGUGGGCCAGCACCAAACUCAGGCAGCACACCGGCGUCAUCCUCAACUGCUUGCAUCGUGUGGUAAUUUUUGACCCAUGAUACAUUUUGUGGCGUCUUGACUUGCUGCUCUUGCAGUGGUUCAUUUCGCGUUCAACACGCACCAGGAUGUUUGAAUAUUAUAUAUGAAGAACUUCCUAUAGAGUAGUAAACAGUUCGUUGUAACAACAUCUUCUGUUCCACCCAUUCAUUCUUCAGCAACAAAACGGUAUAUGCGAUGGAAAAGCUAGUAGUGGAUGGCGCCCUGUUCCACAAAGACUGCUUCCGGUGUAAAGCCUGUAACGGCAAGCUGUCAAUAGGGAAAUUUAGUCGCGCACCUUCCGGCGAAUUUUUCUGUCCAACGCACUUCAAGGAGCUCUUUCGGCUACGAGGAAAGUACGAUGAGGAUCCGUCGAAGCUGAAAACAGCUCACGACAGCGUCAUCAACUCAGCUGAGCAACUUCCUUUUUCUGGCGCAGACGACCAGAGGAGUAGUGAUGUGCCAAGAGCCACAAGCAUGGAGGGUAGUCAUCAACAGCCAUCACCGUGUCUGCCAGGUACGAUGUCAGCGGGAGGAGACGUGAUAAAAAAUGAGCACGCGGCGGUUACCAUGGACGUCGACACGACCGCCAGCGAAAACACUAGUAAAACAGGCAGUCCGAGAGCUGCAGGAGGUGGAGCAACUGCUGUUGCCACCUAGCAUUGCGCUUUGUGGGCGAGGUGAAAAAUGCAAGUUUCUUUGGUACCGCCUCGCCUUUGUGGCAUACUCGUACUAAGUACCCACUUAGUUACGAAGAACAACCACGAGAAUAAGAAGUCAAGUCGCUAGUCCGAGUUAUGAAACCAUCAUGAUGAUGUUUUCUGAACCUGAACAAAUAGAACUAGUUAAUAUGGCGCAAGAAGAAAUACACCGACCUCCUUCCGAUGCUAGUAUUUGAACCGACAACAUUAUUGACGCCCUUAUUUUUCUUUCAUGUUAUCCGCUAUCGUUUUCGCUUUCAUGGACCACCUAGAUCACAAACUACAGUACCACCAGCAGCAGAAUGAGUCGUAACACACUCGCACUUCUCGUACUAAUUUCCUAAUUAAUAUGAAUCAUGAUCAAGUUCAAGGCCAUCAUCAAACAUCCAUAGCUACUUGGAUUGGUGCUAAUAUGGACAGUGUUGUUAGCGUCGUGUCGCUGUAGUCAAAAGAGAAGGAGUUGAGACGCAAUACGGAUGCACAACUUGUUAUCAACUAGCACCAAUUGCUGGAAACGAAGUGUCAUUGACAUUUUUUCAGUUUCAACGCGGCAUAUUACACCAAGAACACUUAUCACUUAUGUGCUUUCUAGAGCCUCAACCCCUACGAUUCAUAUUCAUCAUGCUAAUUGCCUUAACAAAAUCAAAAAUGCUACUAUCAGCCACCACGAAACUGUAGAGAAGAACAUCAUCUUCAGCUGGCGGUUUUUAUUUGACUUCGGAGGUCGAAAAUCAAAGUUUAACUAUCAAGAAACAUGAGGACGAACGCCGGCUGUGUCUCAAUUCUAUUUUGUAUACGCACAAGCACCGGUACGCACGACCGGUGAAUUUUAGAACGAGGUAUGUUCCCAUUAUUUCCCGUAACAAUGGUAUCUGUUCUCUUACCAUUGCUAGGGCUGGAGGGGGGAUCUUCUAUUAGGAGUCUCAAGACUACGCAUUUCCAAACAACGCACACGCAAAAGAUAUCGCUUAUUCAGUGUCCUCCCUGAAAUUGGGGAUAGGAAACCACGCACGAGCGCGACCCAU